AUGCCGGCGAAAAAUACACCAUUCCUCACUGUCUUCCUCCUUUUCGUCGGUUUACUCCGGUUCGAUUCAAUUCCCUGUUUAGAAGCAGGAACAUUGGCUUCGAUUCCGGGAGUAUAUGUGUUCGGAGAUUCUUUGGUUGAUGCCGGAAACAAUAAUUACUUACCAUUUUCCUUAAGAAAAGCUGCUUAUCCACCUAAUGGUAUCGAUUUUCCUAACAAAAUACCCACCGGGAGAUUUUGUAACGGCAAAAACGCUGCCGAUAUUAUUGCUGAAAAAUUCGGAUUACCAUUACCGCUACCGUAUCUCUCCCCAUUCUUAAGUAGUAAUGCGAGAGAGGCCGCCGCCAUGACUGGUGUUAAUUUUGCUUCCGCUGGUGCUGGAAUCUUCAAUAGCAAUGACCAAAUUACUGGACAAGCUAUUCCUCUACCACAGCAACUUAAGAAUUGGAUAUCUAUUCAUGAAGAACUCACGAAAAAGCUUGGACCAUCCGAAGCAAAGACUCACUUAUCUAAAUCUCUAUUCGUUAUAGUCAUAGGCAGCAACGAUGUUUUGGACUAUUAUAGAUCUUUGGAACUUCAACAAAAGAGUAGUCCUCAACAAUAUAUGCAAUCAGUAGCCGAUAGUUUCAAAGAGCAAUUGAAGAAAAUUCACGAGACUGGAGCGGCUAGAUUAUUAAUAGUCGGGCUGGCACAACUGGGUUGCGCACCGGAGAAAAGAGAGAAGAAUUCGACAAUCCAUGAAUGCAAUGAACAGGCAAAUAUGUUUGCCUCCGUGUACAACGAAGCUCUAUUAAAGACGCUGCAACAACUCAAAGAAGAGUUGCAAGGCUCAAUGACUUACUCUUACUUUGAUCUUUUCAACUCCAUUCGUGACAUUAACUCCAACCCUGCCCGUUACGGUUUAACUGAUGCGACAUCUGCGUGUUGUGGACUUGGGAAAUUAAACUCGGAUAUUCCUUGUCUUCCAAUCGCGAGGUAUUGUUCAGACAGAACAAAAUAUCUCUUUUGGGAUUUCUACGGCCAUCCCACAGAAGCUGGUUCACGUGCUAUCGUCGAUCUUAUGUUUGCUGAUGAUCCACAAUACAUGUUUCCUCUAACUCUCUCUCAGUUGGUCUCUCCAUGA